AUGAAAGAAGAGAGAGCUCCUGUUCAGGGAGACGUGAAUGAUGGGAUGUUACAUGCAUGCAGCCUGUCAGGACCCUCUGGAUUGAAGUCUCCUGGUUUUGGUGGAUCUGUUCACGCAAACAUUCUGAUCCACACGGAUGGAUUUCUUGGUCCACCUCUCCGCUCUGUGCCGGCCCCUCACAGCAGCCCAGCCUGGAGCCCAUUUAACACAGUUUUGUUCUACUCAGCGGAUCAUCAUCACUCUGAUGCAUCUGCUGAUCGCAGCACACAGAGGAUAUUAAAACAGGAGCUCCACCGGGACCGCAGGACUCCUGGAUUCCUUACGGUGGACGUCAAAUGUCACUUUUAG